AUGUGCUUUUACAAAUUGCAGACCUGUCCUUAUCCUCAUCAAGAUCCACUUGCUGCGCUCACCUUCGACCGCGAGAAAGACCGUGAAUGGGUACCUUGCAACCUCGGCAAGCCAUGGGGCCGUCUGAGUUGCGGCAAGCUUGUCAUUGAACAUCCCAUCGGUCUCGAUACAUCGCCCACGGCCUCCCACGCACACUCAAUCAACCUUGUCGAAGAUAUUCUUCGAUUUCGUUCUGGUAACUCGGUUGAAAAUCAAGUCAACGGUGAAGAAGAGCACACAAAGACGCCUAUCAGAAAGCGACACUCUUCUUCUGACACCAUUGUUCCUAUGGUUUGCGUGGGCGGAGAUGGCACACAUGAGGCAAGAGAAACCUACGAUCAAAGUGCUCUGUGCAAGUGGUGCACCGCCGUCAUGAAGAUAGUGGCUUUGAAGUCGCGAGAGGUCCAGGGGGAAGCACGCCGAGAAGUAGCUCAGUUGGAAGGAAUCAUGGACGGCAAUCCAGCUUUGAGGCAGCUUCAGAGAGACAUUAUGAAUGUGGAAAGAGAGCUCGACGUGCUGAGACAACAAGCUUGGGAGAUGGCGAGGGCUAUCCUGGAGAGUGUAGAGAAGUCUGUUGAUGGCGAGCAUCAAGCACCUGCCAUGAACGAUUCACACUGA